GCGGCGAUACUGGUAUCGAUACAAAGCAAGUACUUUUUCGUCGUAUCCAUUUUUCUUGACGUCACGUCAGUUUUUCGCAAAAAAUAAUUCAACUUGUAUUUAAACAACAUAAUUCAUAGCUAAAUACACAAAACAAAGUUAUAUUUGUGCAAUUAAUGAGGAUGGGCAGCAACGACAGAGCCUCCAGAUCGCCACGUUCGGAUGACCAGCGCGAAAUCGGCGAAAUGCCAGUCACAAAGAGGUCGCGUUCUGACUCGGGCAAGUCAGCGGAUACGAAAAUUCCCUACCUUUCGCAGCCACUGUAUGAUCUGAAACAGACGGGUGAUGUGAAAUUUGGACCCGGUACGCGUUCCGCUCUCCUCGGACUGCUCGGUGGUGCAUUGCCCAAGUUGACAUCGGAACAGCAUGAUCUCGUCAGCAAGGCCAAAAAGUAUGCCAUGGAGCAGAGCAUCAAGAUGGUCCUGAUGAAGCAAACCCUCGCCCAUCAGCAACAACAGUUGGCCACCCAGCGUACCCAGGUGCAGCGACAACAGGCCUUGGCCCUCAUGUGCAGGGUAUAUGUGGGCAGCAUUUCGUUUGAGCUCAAGGAGGACACCAUAAGGGCCGCCUUUACGCCAUUUGGUCCUAUUAAAUCGAUCAAUAUGUCAUGGGAUCCGAUCACACAAAAGCACAAGGGAUUCGCGUUUGUCGAGUAUGAGAUACCGGAGGGAGCGCAAUUGGCGCUGGAGCAGAUGAAUGGUGCCCUGAUGGGUGGACGCAACAUUAAAGUGGGCCGGCCGAGUAAUAUGCCGCAGGCGCAACAGGUCAUCGAUGAGGUGCAGGAGGAAGCAAAGAGUUUCAAUCGCAUCUACGUGGCCUCCAUUCAUCCCGACCUGUCGGAGGAUGACAUUAAGAGUGUGUUCGAGGCAUUUGGUCCGAUUCUAUAUUGCAAACUGGCGCAGGGCUCGUCUGUGCACACACACAAGGGCUACGGCUUCAUCGAGUAUGCCAACAAACAGGCCAUGGACGAGGCCAUUGCCAGCAUGAAUCUCUUCGAUUUGGGCGGCCAACUGUUGCGCGUUGGACGUUCGAUAACGCCGCCGAAUGUGCUGUCUUGUCCAACAACGAAUUCAACAAUGCCAACGGCAGCUGCUGUUGCCGCCGCAGCAGCCACGGCCAAGAUACAGGCCUUGGACGCGGUGGCUAGCAAUGCGGUAUUAGGUCUAUCGCAGAAUACACCGGGUCUGGGCAUUGCGGCCAAGGUGAACGCGAUGCCGGUGGUGAGUGCUGCAACAUCGGCUGCUGCCCUCCAUCCCGCACUGGCGGCGCUGCCGACAGCGCCCACAGUUUCAGCAUUGCUGCCGCCAGGCAUAUUCCAGGCACCGGGCUUGGGUGGACCCAGUUUGCUGGGCAUGCCGCCCGUUGGUUUGCCCGCGCUUCAGAGUGUGGCACCCACACUGCCGCCACCCGCGCUGCUCGCAACGCCGCCAACGGUGGUCGCCUUGGCCAGUGCGGUGUCCGCCGCCGGUGCAGCCACCGUGCCACUUGGAGGCGUCGUCGUCGAGGCCAGCAAUGGUGCGCCAGCAGCGGUGCUCUCGGCAGCUGCAAAUAAUGCAGCGGUAACCGCAGCGAAUCUGUCGGAGAACAUUAAAAAGGCGCAGGAGAAGCAGCAGGAGGAGCUGCAAAAGAAGCUAAUGGAUGAGGGCGAUGUGCAGACGUUGCAGCAGCAGGAGAACAUGUCCAUUAAGGGUCAGAGUGCACGUCAGCUGGUGAUGCAGAGGCUGAUGCGGCCACAGGACUCGCGUGUCAUCAUCUUGCGAAACAUGGUCGGACCCGAUGAUGUCGAUGAGACGCUGCAGGAGGAGAUACAGGAGGAGUGCAGCAAGUUUGGCAUCGUUAGUCGUGUCAUCAUUUUCAAUGAGAAACAAACGGAGAACGAGGACGAUGACGAGGCGGAGAUUAUUGUUAAGAUAUUUGUUGAAUUCUCAGCGGGCGUUGAGGCGAUGCGUGGCAAGGAUGCGCUCCAUGGACGCUUCUUUGGUGGACGGCGAGUCGUCGCUGAAUUAUAUGACCAGUCCCUUUUCGAUCAGGGCGAUCUGUCCGGGUAGACGAUGGAGUGAAUGAAAGAGAGAGUGGAGAGUGGAUUACGAUUACGAUUAUGAUUAUGAUCUUUAAGCUUAUGGAUUCGGACCUUCAAUUGGCAGCAAGCAACAGCCUUUUUUACUUAGAACUCAAACGAACAAUUAUUUAUUACUUUACUUUUGAUGCGCACGCGAGUCACAAGAUUUGUACAUUUUUCCGAAACGAAUCGAGACGAAUGGGAAAAGCACAGUAUCUAUUAUAAUAAUACGAUGUAAUGAUGGGCAAUUGGAAAAGAGUAAGUUGAGAGUGAUUUAGGUUUUAACGCGGUCCGCAAAGAUCCAAGCAAUUGUCGCCAGUUCUGUAUAAAUAUAAGCAGCCAGUUUGCAAGUGAUUUAA